CCUAUUGGUGCCCUGUGAAACACAAGUCAACGGGUUCUUGAAUCUUUCAUUUCCUUUCAGCUUUAGGUCUACACCAACCAACAAUAGCUGUCCUUUACUGGUACCUCUCUAUUAACAACAUUUAACUAGGUUAAGGGCCUUGACUGAAGUUUGGAUAUACAGAAGAAAACAAAAGGAAGAGUGUUAUAAGGUCCAGCAGGUAAUGGUUGUAGGAUGUCUGAAUCCAGGCAGCGCUCCCUGUCUACAUCAGGCGAGUCUCUUUACCAAUUAAUGGGACUAGAGAAAGGUUGCACACAUGAUGACAUCAAAAAAUCCUACAGAAAACUAGCCCUUAAAUACCAUCCGGAUAAGAAUCCUGACAACCCUGAGACAGCGGAGAAGUUCAAGGAGCUGAACAGCGCUCACACCAUCCUGUCAGAUGUCACCAAGAGGAACAUCUACGACAGUUAUGGCUCUCUGGGACUCUAUGUAGCUCAGCAGUUUGGGGAGGAGAAUGUCAACACAUACUUUAUGCUCUCUACCUGGUGGGCCAAGAGUCUUUUUGCCCUAUGUGGUGUUAUAACAGGGUUCUACUGCUGCUGCUGCCUGUGUUGCUGCUGUAACUGCUGCUGUGGGAGGCUCAAGCCGACGCCUCCUGGAGAGGGAGCAGAGAGCUAUGUCUCCCCCGAAGACCUGGAGGAAGAGAUCCGCAAUGACAUGGAUGAUGGAGACACUCCAGUGGUGCACCAGCCAACUAAUGCUAGUGAGAAGACACAAUUGAUUGGGGACCGAAAAUACCAAAGAGAUUCCUAUACCUGAGCUCGGAGCAUCAUGACAUCAGCAAAGCAUAAUCCAUCAAUGUACACUCCAUGACUGCUUAAUUCUAUAAUAAGACAUGAAAUGACAAAUGUAAAUAGCUUGUGUACUUUGUUUGCUCUUGUUCACGGUCAUUUUGUUGAGAUAUUUUUGUUCAAUGGCUGCAGUUCAUGCUUUAGUUUGUUAGUCUCCUGAUUCAAGUCACUCUGAAAACCAAUCAUGUCACUAAUCACACCAUAGUUUUCACGUAAAUAAUUAUUCAAAUGGAUGAUUUCGUCUGAUUCGAUCAACAUAAAGAGGAAAUGUUUAUAUGGCUAGACUAUGAUAACGUUGCUUUCAACAUGCUUGCUCAAUUCAGCACGUGAACAUGAAAUGUUGCCCACCCUUGUUGUAUAUUUGGUUUGAAGUCAAAUAGGCCUGUUGGAUUAUAGAAAGAAAAAAAAGUUUACAUUAAA